AUGACGUCCAGUGCCUAUCAGGGAAAGUGUGAUCAGUGCGAGCAAAUGUUCGGGCAGUACGACCGCUUUUGCGUCGAUGCUGAAGUGGAGUUGAAGCCCAGCCGCUUCAAGAAAGUCAAUGGCGAGAAGGAAGCCUGGUGGCUCCCAUUGGACACGUUCAUCAAGGAAGCCGGCGGCAACCCUCUGACGUUCAAGUCGCAAGACGCCAAAAUCGCUUGGGUGCUUGCGGCCACCGAAGUGGAGAAGAUCGUUUGGGACGACGGGAAACCGGGGGUCCUGCAGUACGAGCACAGCGACGGGCGCAAGAAGUUGCACAUUGGGGAAGAUGAGGAUAUGCAGGGAAACAGGAAAGCUUGUGAGCAGACCUUCGCCCAGUCAGUUGAUGGUCAUCGGGCCAUGCUGCGUGGAGUGACUGACAUUGCGACGAGCCGGCUCCGUGCUACGAGGUAUCAGCAGCCGGAGGAAGUGCUGGAUGUGGCGUCCGAAGCUCCCAGCAUGGAUGAUUUUGGGGAUGGACUGCAAUGGGGCAUCUUCGAUUCUACGCCCGGGUCGUCUUCCGUGCCAGAGAGAGCGGUCCCGAAGGGAAAGCGGCCGCGGUUGGGUGGCAAGCCGGCAGGGUCGACUCCCAACCCUCCUUCUUCCCGGACGUCGUCCUUCGAGAGCGAUCGACCAGCCGCCACUUCGGCUGCCGCGAACAGCAUGCAUGCUCCUCCCGAGCAUCUGCAACUCCCCCGGGUGCUGAACAAGAAAGGCCAGGACACGAUGAAGAAGGCACAGGAUGCUUUUGCGAAGCACCAGGAAUCGUUUAGCGACAGCAACAUUUGGACGAACAGAACCCGCAGGAGGGUUCUUGAGUCUGCUAUCAAGAGCCUCUCCGGUCUUGCGAAUCAGUUGCUUGCUCUGAACUCGGACAGUGCAGAGACCUUGAGCCGGCAGAUCACCGAAUGGGCGGAUCGGGCGGAAAUCCGUUUCGAUGCUUUGGCCAGGGUGCGGGCAAUGACUUCGGAUUACGUUGAGCCUGAUGUUGUUCCCGAAGAGUCCUUGCAGCCCUUGAGAGAGCUCGGAGUGGCCAUGCUUUCCAACGUGAUCCUCUUCGUGGCCGGCGAGUGCUUGAAAGGGAUGGAUAAGGAGGGCAAAGAAGCAGAGAGCUCUUCCGGGUUCUUUCGCCUUCUGAGUUGCCAGCACCGGGAUGCAACCUACUUGAAUGUCGGUAUGAUCUUCGCUGCUUCUGUGGAGCAGCAGUCGCAGCGCUUUGGGGAUGGAACGAGCAUGGCAUCCGGAAUCGCAUCGAACCUGCAGUCCCAGAUGCUUGCCUUGUGGCUGGACAAGGUGAUGCGUCUGAAGAGCCAGGACAAGUUUCGAAAUUUGGUUGUUCUGUGCCCUGGCUCGCUAGGCAUAGCAAAUAGUACUUUGUGGUUCGUCGUGUUGCUAGUGCUAUUGACGCUCGCAGCGGAUUGGAAGCCCCUCCAAUCGGACGUGAAUGGCAGUGGUACCAUGCCCUACAGCAGCAGCGCCCGAUUGGAUGUUCAAGCGCUACGAAUCAUGGCAACCAAGGCUUCGCCGCUGGAUCUGUUCCAUGCGAAGUCGAUGGUGGACUUGCGGAGUCAGUUGUCAAUGAGAUUCCAAACGUCUAUGUGGGCGGCAGUGGAGCAAGCUAGCAAACGAGCCGUAACGGCAGGUGGUGUGGCCAGCGAAGUGCAGGCGGCUGUGGCUUCGCUACCAGAGGAUGCCAUCGCGAAUGCCGCCCAGAACAACUCUGUGCUGCCACUUCUGAAGGAGGCCGCAUCUGAAGCCGUGAUCAAGAAGGACGGACGUGGAGCGAUCCUUGCGGCUUGCAGCUGUCUGGAAGAGGAUGGCUUUUGGUCAAAGCCGCUUCCUGAGAAUGCUGCGGCCCUCCUUGGCGAGAAAAUCGGUGUGCUGCUGAGGUGGCUGUCUGUUUUCCAGGCACAGGGUUGUUUCAAGCUUCCCGUGGCCGUGGUGUCAUUUGCGGUGUCCCCUUCCGAUCGCUUGCUCCCUUGCGUCGCGGAGAUGUUCCUGGAUCUAUGUCAUGCGCAGGGUCAGGUGGCACAGACGGAGAAAAGACUCGGGCUUGACACAUUGCCCGUUGGCAUCAAAGCACUCAGCAAGCUGGAUGGAAAUCUCAAGAUUGGGGACCUGGACCAGCAGGUGCACCUGUACUCAGCGCCAGGCCGGGAUACCUCGACCGACGAUGACAUCACUCGCGGGCUGAUUGCUAGUGGCGUCAAGCUGCUGGCAAUCGUGCGUGGUGACCCCCGGACCGACUUGCAAGUUGGAUGGUUCAAGACCUUGGUGCGCAUGGGCAAGAAGAUGGAGCUGGACUCGCUGGACGCCUCCGUGCUAUCGCUCCUCGACCAGAAGGCAGGUGACUUCUGGCGGUCCGUGCAAGCCUUGACCGAGGCAGAUGAGGGAUGUAAGGAGAACGACACGAUCCUGGUGGACAAGACCACCGUGAAGAACCUGAUGCUGGUUCUCGUGCAGGUGCAUUCGAUCAACCAGCAGGAGAUGAUCACAUUGGGCUUCAAGGAUGUCGGCAAGACUUUGAAUGCCGCCCGCACCCGGACCGUCCUCACCCUAGCCAGGCUACAUGAUGCUAUGGAGAAUCACAAGAAAUUGCUGAGCAAGGAUUACGAGGAGUUCAAGGGCAUCGUGGCUGCCAUGAACAAUGCGGCGGACGCCGAAGUUCGGACGCUGCUCACGAAUCUUUCUAUGCGAGGUGAAGAGGAAGCCCAGACCACAGUGCAGGCAAUGGUGACAGGUGCCAAAGUUCUUCGCGAGUUCGAGGAAACGGUUGAUCUUGUGGGCUCGUGGUCCACAGAAGAGGUCUUUAAGACUGACGAUCUGGCAACCAUCUUUGAGCGGCUGAAGAGCUCCAGUGCGGCGGCUCCAUCGUCGGCGACGUUGUGCCCGGUGAUCGCUUGCAUCAUGGGUUCGGAGUUGAUGUAUAACCCUGAGGCUUUGAAGGCAGACACCCACCAUCAGAUCACCAAGUUCUUGCAGUAUUGCCAUGCAACCCUCAAGAUUGGCAAGAAGGAUUUGCCCAAGUUCAUGGUUGAGAAGUUGGAGAAGAUGCAGAAGGAUCGUAUGAUCGUAUCGCUAACCCCAUAG